AUGCAGUUUGCUGAGAUCCCGUUCAUUUCGAACAUCUGGCCCGUCAUCAAGAGCGAGGGGGGUUUCCCUCAAGGCUCAACCAAGAAUCAGGGAAAGUACUCCAUGUCGGACCUGGAGAUCACGAGGACCUACGAGGAGACGAAGCAGAGGAUUAGGGCGAGGUUUGCGAGCGAGGACCAUUUCCACGACAGUUCUGUGCUCUACGAGGUGAAGAUGCAGGAAAUACUGCGAGGCGAGUGCAAGGAGAACUUCUCUGAGCAGAAGCAUGGUUUCAUCGAGGAGGACGAUUCCUCCGAUGCCCUGUCCCAAGAGUCCACUCCCGAUGGCAGCUGCACGGUCCUGAUGACUUUAGAGACGGCACGGGACAAGGCUCCCGUGGUAGACCUGCAGAUCGUCUCUGCAAGUGAAGCUGUGGUGGAGGAUGCGGACCUCGAAGACUUCAACGAACCACUCGACGACAGGGAGGGAGAGGUAGUUCCAGACUCUUUGAACGGAUCUGCUCUUGUUCAUUUCGCGGGAGUGUGUGAGGACGAGGCUGCUCUUGUUCAUUUCGCGGGAGUGUGUGAGGACGAGGCGAGUCAGGCUUGCUGCAACCUCUCUCAUGAGGAGCUGAUGAGGAACAUCGACGAAGCUCUCAUCAACAACGAGCUUGCCAUUGCUGAAUGUCAGUUCGAGAUCCGGAGAAGCUGUUGUGCCUGA